CCAGCCCCCUGAGCUCUGACGCCGCCCCCGCCCCGCCGCCUCCGCCGCCUCCCUCCCCGGGAGGGGCGCGGACCCGUUCGCCCCCAACCCCGAGCCUCCGCUGCCGCGAGGGGGCCGCCUCUGGAGCUGUGUAAUCCGCUUUUUUAUUAAUUUUUUUUUUUUUAAUUUUUUGGCUAGUGGCGGCGGUGCUGGGCUGGGGGAAGGAGGGGACACGGAGGCCGCCCUCGCCCCGCCACCCCUCACCCUUUUCCCCCCCGCCCCGGUUCCGGGAAAUGUGCCGGGCGGGGGGCCGGGGUUCGCGGAGCCGCAGGAGACACGCGCAGGGCCGACCCCAGAGCGGCGCUGGACAGGCUGGUGGGCCAGGCCGUGGUGCCCACCUGCUGAUGUGGGGCAAGGCCCCCGGCACAGGACACUGAGCACCCUGAACACGCCCCCGGCUGCCGCCAUGGCCCGUCUGGCUGCAGUGCUCUGGAGCCUCUGCAUCACCGGCGUCCUUGUCACUUCGGCCACCCAAGGCCUGAGCCGGGCCGGGCUCCCAUUUGGACUGAUGCGCCGGGAGCUGGCGUGCGAAGGCUACCCCAUCGAGCUGCGGUGCCCAGGCAGCGACGUCAUCAUGGUGGAGAACGCCAACUACGGGCGCACAGAUGACAAGAUCUGCGACGCGGACCCUUUCCAGAUGGAGAAUGUGCAGUGCUACCUGCCCGAUGCCUUCAAGAUCAUGUCACAGAGGUGUAACAACCGCACCCAGUGCGUGGUGGUUGCCGGCUCUGACGCCUUUCCUGACCCCUGUCCUGGGACCUACAAGUACCUGGAGGUGCAGUACGACUGUGUCCCCUACAUAGAAGUGGAGCAGAAAGUCUUCGUGUGCCCAGGGACCCUACAGAAGGUGUUGGAGCCCACGUCCACGCACGAGUCGGAACACCAGUCUGGCGCGUGGUGCAAGGACCCGCUGCAGGCGGGAGACCGUAUCUACGUCAUGCCCUGGAUCCCCUACCGCACGGACACGCUAACGGAGUACGCCUCGUGGGAGGACUACGUGGCCUCGCGCCACACCACCACCUACCGCCUGCCCAACCGCGUGGACGGCACGGGCUUCGUGGUCUACGACGGCGCGGUCUUCUACAACAAGGAGCGCACGCGCAACAUUGUCAAGUACGAUCUGCGCACGCGCAUCAAGAGCGGGGAGACCGUCAUCAACACGGCCAACUACCACGACACGUCGCCCUACCGCUGGGGGGGCAAGACGGACAUCGACCUGGCUGUGGACGAGAACGGGCUGUGGGUCAUCUACGCCACUGAGGGCAACAACGGGCGCCUGGUGGUGAGCCAGCUCAACCCCUACACGCUGCGCUUCGAGGGCACGUGGGAGACGGGCUACGACAAGCGCUCGGCGUCCAACGCCUUCAUGGUGUGCGGAGUCCUAUACGUGCUGCGCUCCGUGUACGUGGAUGACGACAGCGAGGCGGCCGGCAACCGCGUGGACUACGCCUUCAACACCAACGCCAACCGCGAGGAGCCGGUCAGCCUGGCCUUUCCCAACCCCUACCAGUUCGUCUCCUCCGUGGACUACAACCCUCGCGACAACCAGCUGUACGUCUGGAACAACUACUUCGUGGUGCGCUACAGCCUGGAGUUCGGGCCGCCAGACCCCAGUGCCGGCCCAGCCACUUCCCCGCCUCUCAGCACAACCACCACAGCCCGACCCACACCCCUCACCAGCACGGCCUCUCCUGCGGCCACCACCCCGCUCCGCCGAGUGCCCCUCACCACACACCCGGUGGGCGCCAUCAACCAGCUGGGACCUGACCUGCCUCCAGCCACAGCCCUGGCUCCCAGCACCCGGCGGCCCCCCGCCCCCAAUCUGCACGUGUCCCCAGAGCUCUUCUGUGAACCUCGAGAGGUGCGGCGGGUCCAGUGGCCGGCCACCCAGCAGGGCAUGCUGGUCGAGAGGCCCUGCCCCAAGGGGACCCGAGGAAUUGCCUCCUUCCAGUGUCUACCAGCCCUGGGGCUCUGGAACCCCCGGGGCCCUGACCUCAGCAACUGCACCUCCCCCUGGGUCAACCAGGUGGCCCAGAAGAUCAAGAGUGGGGAGAACGCGGCCAACAUUGCCAGCGAGCUGGCCCGUCACACUCGAGGCUCCAUCUAUGCGGGUGACGUGUCCUCCUCCGUGAAGCUGAUGGAGCAGCUGCUGGAUAUUCUGGAUGCCCAGUUACAGGCCUUGCGGCCCAUUGAGCGGGAGUCAGCGGGCAAGAACUACAACAAGAUGCACAAGCGGGAGAGAACUUGCAAAGACUACAUCAAGGCUGUGGUGGAGACAGUGGACAACCUGCUGCGGCCAGAGGCUCUGGAGUCCUGGAAGGACAUGAAUGCCACAGAGCAGGUGCACACCGCCACUAUGCUCUUGGAUGUGCUGGAGGAGGGCGCCUUCCUGCUGGCCGACAAUGUCAGGGAGCCCGCCCGCUUCCUGGCUGCCAAACAGAAUGUGGUCCUGGAGGUGACAGUCCUAAACACGGAGGGCCAAGUGCAGGAGCUGGUGUUCCCUCAGGAAUACCCAAGCGAGAACUCCAUCCAGCUGUCCGCCAACACCAUCAAGCAGAACAGCCGCAACGGUGUGGUCAAAGUGGUCUUCAUCCUCUACAACAACCUGGGCCUCUUCUUGUCCACCGAGAAUGCCACAGUGAAGCUGGCGGGGGAAGCAGGUACGGGUGGCCCCGGCGGCGCCUCCCUCGUGGUGAACUCGCAGGUCAUUGCAGCGUCCAUCAACAAGGAGUCCAGUCGUGUCUUUCUCAUGGACCCUGUCAUCUUCACCGUGGCCCACCUGGAGGCCAAGAACCACUUCAAUGCUAACUGCUCCUUCUGGAACUACUCGGAGCGUUCCAUGCUGGGCUACUGGUCAACCCAGGGCUGCCGCCUGGUGGAGUCCAACAAGACCCAUACCACGUGUGCCUGCAGCCACCUCACCAACUUUGCCGUGCUAAUGGCUCACCGCGAGAUCUACCAAGGCCGCAUCAACGAGCUGCUGCUGUCGGUCAUCACCUGGGUGGGCAUCGUGAUCUCCCUCGUCUGCCUGGCCAUCUGUAUCUCUACCUUCUGCUUCUUGCGGGGGCUGCAGACCGACCGCAACACCAUCCACAAGAACCUGUGCAUCAACCUCUUUCUGGCUGAGCUGCUCUUCCUGGUCGGGAUAGAUAAGACUCAGUAUGAGAUCGCAUGCCCCAUCUUCGCCGGCUUGCUGCACUACUUCUUCCUGGCCGCCUUCUCCUGGCUGUGCCUGGAGGGCGUGCACCUCUACCUGCUGCUGGUGGAAGUGUUUGAGAGCGAGUACUCCCGCACCAAGUACUACUACCUGGGUGGCUACUGCUUCCCGGCCCUGGUAGUAGGCAUCGCGGCGGCCAUCGACUACCGCAGCUAUGGCACCGAGAAGGCCUGCUGGCUCCGAGUGGACAAUUACUUCAUCUGGAGCUUCAUUGGUCCUGUCUCUUUUGUUAUUGUGGUGAACCUGGUGUUCCUCAUGGUGACCCUGCACAAGAUGGUCCGGAGCUCGUCUGUGCUCAAGCCCGAUUCCAGUCGCCUGGACAACAUUAAAUCCUGGGCCCUGGGGGCCAUCGCGCUGCUCUUCCUGCUGGGCCUCACCUGGGCGUUCGGCCUGCUCUUCAUCAAUAAGGAGUCAGUGGUCAUGGCAUAUCUCUUUACCACUUUCAACGCCUUCCAGGGGGUCUUCAUCUUUGUCUUUCACUGCGCCUUACAGAAGAAGGUGCACAAGGAGUACAGCAAGUGCCUGCGUCACUCCUACUGCUGCAUCCGCUCCCCACCUGGGGGCGCUCACGGCUCACUCAAGACCUCAGCCAUGCGGAGCAACACCCGCUACUACACAGGGACCCAGAGCCGAAUCCGGAGGAUGUGGAAUGACACGGUGAGGAAACAGACGGAGUCCUCCUUCAUGGCAGGCGACAUCAACAGCACCCCCACCUUGAACCGAGGUACCAUGGGGAACCACCUGCUGACCAACCCUGUGCUGCAGCCCCGUGGGGGCACUAGCCCCUACAACACCCUCAUCGCUGAGUCGGUGGGCUUCAAUCCCUCUUCACCUCCUGUCUUCAACUCCCCAGAGCACCCUCUGGGAGGCCGGGAAGCCUGCGGCAUGGACACACUGCCCCUCAACGGCAACUUCAACAACAGUUACUCCUUGCGAAGUGGGGAUUUCCCUCCAGGGGACGGGGCCUCUGAGCCGCCCCGAGGCCGGAACCUGGCCGAUGCUGCUGCCUUCGAGAAGAUGAUCAUCUCAGAGCUGGUACACAACAACCUGCGGGGUAGCAGCAGCGGGGCCAAGGGCCCCCCACCACCUGAACCCCCCGUGCCACCUGUGCCAGGGGGUGGUGGCGAGGAAGAAGCAGGCGGGCCCGGGGGUGCUGACCGGGCAGAGAUCGAACUUCUCUACAAGGCCUUGGAGGAGCCACUGCUGCUGCCCCGGGCCCAGUCGGUGCUGUACCAGAGUGAUCUGGAUGAGUCGGAGAGCUGCACUGCAGAGGAUGGGGCCACCAGCCGGCCCCUAUCCUCCCCUCCGGGCCGGGACUCCCUCUACGCCAGCGGGGCCAACCUGCGGGACUCGCCCUCCUAUCCGGACAGCAGCCCCGAGGGGCCCAGUGAGGCCCUGCCCCCACCCCCGCCUGCACCCCCCGGCCCCCCGGAAAUCUACUACACCUCGCGCCCACCGGCCCUGGUGGCCCGGAACCCCCUGCAGGGCUACUAUCAGGUGCGGCGGCCCAGCCACGAGGGCUACCUGGCGGCCCCGGGCCUUGAGGGGCCAGGGCCCGAUGGGGAUGGGCAGAUGCAGCUGGUCACCAGUCUCUGAGGAACCUCAUGGACCAGGGGCUG